AUGCUGAAAGAGUUGAAGAAGAUUGCCACCGAGAACGUUAGCCUCAGCACCUCGUUGAGCUUCCUCAAUACCACAGUUGAGGAAAGUAACAAACUAAUGGAGAAUGUCAGGAAAGAAUUAAAGAAAACCCAGGAAGAUAACCUUAAGCUUCAGAAAGAGAACUUGGAGCUACGGAACAACGUUUCGAAUCUGGAGGUACGGGUGAGAAACCUAGAACAGUACUCCAGGAAACAAAAUAUAGAAAUCGACGGAGUGCCUGAAUCAAAUAAUGAAGAUGUUUACGCCAUCAUCCACGACGUUGGGAGAGCCAUCGGAGUCGAGCUGAAGAGAGAAAGAGUGGUAGCAGCUCACCGCAUACCUUCCUUUAAUAAGAAGAGGACGCCGCCUAUCAUUGUCCGGUUCUCUACCUUCGAGGAAAAGGACGUCUGGAUCAGCAGCUUCAGGAACGUGCGACCACUGACAGCCAAUAAGAUCAACCCGAGAUUCAACUUACAGAAUAAAGUGUUUAUCAAUGAACAUCUCUCGCCAGAAAAUAAACAACUCCUCUCAAGGACCAAAGAGGCUGCGAAAACGAAGGGGUACAAAUACGUGUGGACCAGGGACGGCAAGAUCUUCGUGCGAAGAGGCGAAGGAGAAAAAUGUAAGAAGGUUGACACUUUCGCUGAUUUAGAUAAGUUGUAA